AUGGCUGCUGCACCGUUCAGGGUGAAGGCUCUCUUCGAGUAUACCUCGAACCACGAGGAUGACCUGCCUUUUGAGAUUGGUCAGAUCAUCACCGUCACUGAUGUUGAUGAUCCAGACUGGUAUGGUGGCGAAUACGUCGAUUCUUCCGGGGAGAAGCGGGAGGGUAUCUUCCCUCGCAACUUUGUCGAGAAGUAUGAACCAGUCGCACCACCACGACCAACAAGAACGAAGAAGAAGGAGGUAGAGCCUGCACCUCCUGCUCCUGUCCCGACUUCGCCGCCCGCCGCUACAGAACCAGAGCCAGAACCCGAAAUCGAGCCAGUACCCGAAUCAGUACCAGAACAAACCAGGCCCACGUAUGAGGAGCUUGAGGAAGAGACUCCCCUGGCCUCUCCGCCUCCUGCUGCUGAGCCGCGAUCGCCAAAAGCUCCCGCUGUUCUAGUCCCAGCUCCAAGACCAGUCGAGCCAAUCGCUCCCGCAGCACUCGUAUCAGAGCCGCCCGUCGGUGAUGUAACUGCCGAUGCCCCAGCCAAGGCUUCUGGACCUGCCCGCGGCGGCCCUCCUCCAGUAUCGGAGAAGCCGGCCAGCAGCUCUUUCAAAGAUCGCAUUGCUGCAUUCAAUAAACCUGCCGCCCCACCCAUUGCGCCAUUCAAGCCGGGCUCUCUAAGCUCCGGCAGUGGUUCUGGUUUCAUCAAGAAGCCAUUUGUUGCUCCUCCUCCAAGUAGAAAUGCCUACGUUCCGCCGCCGCGCGAAAAGCCUGCUCCCAAGGUUUAUAGAAGGGAUGAGGAUCCCGAGAUCAAGGAGAAGGAGGCCGAGAAUGCAGAAAAUGCAGCCAAGGCAGGCUUGGUAGCAAGCCCAUCCCAAGAGGUUGAGGACGAUGAUCAGCCCAAACCCAUGAGCUUGAAAGAGCGUAUGGCGCUCCUCCAGAAGCAGCAAACGGAGGCUGCUCAACGCCACGCCGAUGCUGCUGCGAAGAAGGAGAAGCCAAAACGACCACCACCAAAGAAGCGUACGGAAAGCCAGGAACCCACGGAGCGAGCUUCCAUCGAAAAUCCCGAGGUACCCUCGUUGGAACGAGACACCACAGACUCUCUGGAUGAAGCCCAACCAGCACCUCCUCCGAGGCAGCCAUUACCUGUACGAAGAAAGUCCAAGAGCGUACCCGAGGACGGCAAUGAGGCAGAUAUGUCAGGUGCUGGCGAUACCACCGAGGGGCCAGAAGAUUUGACUGAGCGCGAUGAGAGUGAUGGCCAGUCUAGACGUCUCUCGCAGGCACCUGCAAGGAAACUGCCACAGGCUGAAGCUGCCGAGGAAAAAGAAGGGUACGAGGACGAAGAAGAAGAAGGUGAGGCCGAGGAGGAGGAGGAGGAAGAUCCUGAAGUCAGACGCAGAGAGGAACUUCGCGCUAGAAUGGCCAAGAUGAGCGCCGGCAUGGGCGGAAUGGGAGGCAUGAUGGGCAUGCAUAACCCAUUCGCUGCUCCUCUUGCUUCUACUGGCCCAACCAAGAAGAAGAAGCCUGCACCCGCCGGAAGACGCUCAAGCGAGUAUGGUCGGGAAGAUAUGCCUUCGCCUCGCCCAGCGCCUCCGAUACCCACCGCCAUGGCACUUCCCGGCAUGAGCCGUGAAAGCCACAAGGAAGAGGCUGAUGACGUCGAAGAGCAAGAUUCGCCCGUUGGUGAGGAUAUUACCCCCAUCGCUACGACCAGUCCUCGACCUACGGCAAGCGAGCCUUUGAAGAGCCCCUUGGCUCCACCUCCUGUUCCGGGAGGCCGACCGGCGCCACCUCCAGUCCCAGCCGAGUCUCGACCGGCGCCGCCACCUCCUCCGGCUGCAAUCACCUCGCCGAGCAUUGGAUCGGAAUCGGAUGAUGAACUGUCAGAAAGCCAGAUGCGGUCACUCGAAACCCCAAGAUCAGAGGCUCCACCGUCUGCCCGAGCUCCUCCACCUCCGAUUCCCAUAGCCUCGCCCACCAUGGCGCCAACCUCUCCUCGUCCUGGUACCAGGAGCUCAUUUGGAGGGGAUGAGCUAUCUCCCACAUCACCAAGACUGCCAAGCAAGCGGGAUAGCCGGCCGCCUCCAAUCCCAGGCGCUGCUCCGCCUGCCCCAUCGCAAAGCCGGCCUCCACCACCUCCUCCCCCAGGAGCAGCGCCUGAGAGAAGUUCUACUUCGGAUGAGCGUGUCGCUCCCAUGAAGCCAGGCCGUCUUGACAACGGGGAAGAGGGUGAAAUCACCGAUUAUGAUGGAGACUAUGAUACGGAUAUUGCCUCUUCGGUCCCUCACAAAGAUGCGUUGAAAUCGCACGCCCGGGAUUCCAGUCUAGAUGAUACCACAUCUCUUCGCUCACCAGUGUCCGAGGCCCCUCCACCAUCUCUUCCUCCGCCCAUUCCCGCCGCGGCCCCCAGAGCGAUCCCGCCGCCUGUUCCGAGCCAACCGCCACCUCCAGCGCGACCGUCAGCAGACAUGCCACGAGCUGCUCCGCCGCCGCCUCCGCCGCCAGCCCCUGUGCAAACGGAGCAAGAUGAUGAUGACGAGUAUGAUCCUUAUCGGUACUCUGGGGCGCAGCCUAGUGUUUCUACAAACGUGUCCUACAACAUACCAGCAGCUGAAAAUGAUGUCAAAUCGCCAGAGACGGCGCCCUCGUAUCAAUCGCCGCCUCCACCGCCUGCUAACCGAUCUCUCCCACCUGCUCCUCCUUCUCAGGCCGCCCCGAGCAGGGCUCCACCACGACAAUCGAUGGAUGCCCAAAGGCCAAUUGGAGGACGUAGAUCGAUGGAUGUUGGACGGCCAUCACUCUCGGUUGAGUCUGGAUUUGUUGCGAAUGACGUUGACCUGGCUCAACACACCAGCUGGUGGCUGCAGCCAAAUGGGUUGCCACCAGUCUUCCAAGGCCGGAGGGAUAUCUUCUUCGAAUCGGAUGAGUCCACUACUUCGGCACCCGGCGGUAGAACUGUAGUUACCAAGGAUGUCUACGUACUGUUCCAGGACUACUCGCAGACAAUCAUCACCAUCCGUUUUGAUCCGCAGAAUCCUGCUGAUACAAAUCUGGAUCAAAGACACGAGCCUCCCCCGCGCAGUCUUCGCCAAGAUCAACUGGAGCAGGCAUAUGAACGUUUCGGUCUUGAGAUAUCCAAUGCUGUUGCGUCCAAGAAGGACUCAGUCGUUGGUGAUGGUUCGCCCCAAGCGUUGGUAUACGAACUCUUGAAACCCCUCAAGGACGUUUUACUUCCUGUGGGGACCCGUGCCUAUGGUGCUCUUGUUUAUGCCAACAUGGCAAAUGCCUCGACUCACAUGACGGAUGAGAUCAGACCUGGCGAUAUCAUCUCCAUCAGAAACGCCAAAUUCCAGGGCAAGCACGGUCCCAUGCACGCAAAAUACUCGGUUGAAGUCGGCAAGCCUGAUCACGUUGCGGUUGUUGCGGAGUGGGAUGGUACCAAGAAAAAGGUGCGAGCUUGGGAACAAGGACGCGAAAACAAAAAGGUGAAGCAGGAAUCCUUCAAGCUCGACGAUUUAAGGUCCGGAGAGGUCAAGAUCUGGCGCGUCAUGCCGCGCAGCUGGGUCGGCUGGGACUCUCAGAAUUAG